AUGUCCGAAGAUCCGGAUGCUCAUGCUUUAUCACCAUCAUGGCCAAACAGACUUUUGUUGGCAACCAUCAUCAAAGAUUGGUUGGUGAAGCAGGCAGCUGAAGGAAACUAUCUGCGGGUUCCCGGAUCCUCAGUAUGGGCUUGCAGACGCCCUGAUAACAUCGCUCAAUAUGCCAGGAAGCUAAAUGUCUGGUGUAUUCUAAGUGUUCGAAUCCAACGACUACCGAGCCCACUACGUCCGUUUUCUCGGGAAGCUAAGUUCGGGAUUGUGGUCAGCUUGGGCAUUGACCGGUACCAAGUUGAGCGACGGCAACAUUUGUCGAGUUCGUUCAAGAACCCUUUUCAUGAUGCUGCGUUUCAUAGACUUUGA